AUGAAUGAAUUGAAGUCAAUCUGUCCAUUGAUGAAUUGGGAAAAGCUGUUUGAAAAGUUGUUUCAACAAAUUGGAUUAAAAGGUUAUAGGAAAUUCUCACUACGUAUUUCGGACACAACAGCGCUGCAACAUCAGUGUGCCUUACAUGAAAUUGAACUGUCAACGCCUACUGGUAAAAGUACAAUUCAGAAUAUGGCUAUCAUGGACUUCAUGGCGUAUCAGGAUACCACUAUUGAUUUUGAGGUGGAAAGUUCAGAAAGUGUAAAUGCUGAGAUGGACUCACAGCUGAGCCCGAAAUUCUCGGCGUUUUGUAUGAAACGAUUGAGAGAUACAUUUCCAUGGACUCUUGAAAGACACUACGUUGCUCGGUACUUAAAAGAAAGUCAGCGAAAUGAGGUUCUCAAUAUGGUUGACGAAAUCAAGAAGACUUUGUAUGAUUCAAUUGAAGAGCUGGCAUGGUUGAGUGAUGAUAUGAAGCGCUUCGCGACUGACAAGAUUUCGAAGAUAGAAACCUUCGCUUUGUUCGAUGGUAUGGAAACAUAUGAAGAGAAAGAAAACCUUUCUACUAUAUAUCGAUUACAAUAUCCAAUUCGUGAAGACACCUACAUUCUGAAUGAAUAUUACGCUCUCAAGGCAAAAGUGCUCGACACUUAUCGAAAGCCGUUAUUCGGUCUACAAGAAAAAUUGGAUGCGGAAGAAGCCACCUAUAUACCAGCAGCCUCUUAUUCGCCCACUGAAAACCGCAUAUAUAUCAAUGGUGCUAUUCUGAAUCUACCGAUUUACAACGAUAAUCAAACGAUUUACGAAAAAUACGGGGGAUUGGGUUGGUACAUAGCUCAUGAAUUAUUGCAUGCUAUUGAUACAUCCGGUAUACUUGUCGAUGAGAAUGGAUCUCAAAGGCCUUACAGUACAUCCCACAAUGAAUUUCUUACAAUCUUGAAGCAAACAGAAUGUCUACGCAAACAAUACAAAAACUACAAUUAUACGAGUGAAAAGAGUGCAACAAUUGGAAGUCAGGACGAGAUUCUCUCAGAUAACGGUGGUCUGAGGAUAGCAUACAAGACACUUCAGAGACUGACGAGAAACUUUACAAAUGGUGCUGAUGAAAACACGAACUCCUCUUUAGCUUCCGAACAAUCGUUUUUCCAUAACUUUGCUCAGAUAUUUUGUGAAAAGUAUAAUUCAGAAGGACUAAUUGAACACAUGACUGACGCUGAUCAUGUGUUAGGUCAUUACAGGUUAGUCGGUACCCUGUCAAAUAGUGAAAACUUCGCAAGAGCAUACAAUUGUCCAGUGGACUCACCAAUGAAUCCAAGUGUAAAGUGUCAUGUAUGGUGA